GCUGCUAUUAAAUAUCCAUCACUCCUGCAUUUCCGAAAUCUCUCUCAAUUCUCAUCAAUUUUUUUCUUCUCAUCUUUGUCUCUCUGCGUAGUCCUCCGUUCAUUGUUCUGUAAACAGCAAUGGUUCUGAAACCUAGGAGCCCCUUCAAGCUGGAAGGAGAGAGUGAGGAGGGCAAGAACAAGCCUGCAUAUGCGAGCUCUACCAAGAGCUCACCGGUUGUUGUUGGGUUGAGAAUCCUUACACAAAUUUCGCAGGGAAAAUCUAAUGUUGUUGUUAAAUCUGCAUUGAAAUUUAGCCUUCCCACCUGUAAAAAGCAUCAUGGCCAUCCCGACGGUGGGUCGCCGGCUGACCAAUCUUGCUUUCUCAAAUCAUGUCAUCUAUGCAACAAGAACUUAAGCCUAGAUAAAGAAGUUUACAUGUACAGGGGUGACCAAGGCUUUUGCAGCAUAGAGUGCAGGGACAGGCAAAUUGUUUUGGAUGAAAUGAAGGAACUCGAAGUAUCUACUAAACAAAUGCUGGGAUCUUAUAGGCACUGUAGCUCCUCCGGCCUCCGUGAGACAAGCGUCCUUCUAGAGGAUCUCCGCCGGAGAAAUAAAGCACCUCAUCAAAUCCGAAAGCAUUGGGCAAUAGUCUCAUAAUAAUUCACUAAGUUCAUAUAUAUAUAUAUAUAUAUAUAUAUAAAGCCGAAGCUAAUGCAGCAGAGGGGUGUAUUUGAUUAUCGGAUCGAGAUUUCUUUUCUAUAAAAGAGAAGAAAGAUUUUCAUAUCAUAUAUACAACUUUUAUUUCCUUUGUUUUUCUUGUUCA